UGGUGCUGGCCACCCACCUCCUCGUGUGCCGUGCCGGCCUUCAUAGGUGCUCGCUAACAGCACUUGCCCCUACAGUCUGUUACAGGCUAUACGGGGGUCUUUGUGUAUGUGCACGCAUGGCCUUGUGAGUUAUGUAUUUCCUGGUAAACGCUUUCUUAAUAACUUCAAAUUCACUUUGUUGCAGUAUUGACAACGCUACAGUGCUGUUUAAUGUGUAUUGCAUUAUCGGGCCUUUGAUAAUAAUUUAUUGAAAUAUUGUAAUUACCAUUUUAUUCUUAUUAUCGCAUAGCUUUUAGCCCAGUUUACAUACUAAAAUCCUUUAACCAUGUCUACAGUAUUUUUAAUCACUGGUCAUAGCUGAUUGAAUAUGAAACAGAACUAUACCCUUUUUAGCAUUUAUGUUGCGGUAUCACGCAGCAGCAGCAGUAAUAUUUAUUACUAUUAUAAACAUAUAUGUAACAUUGCCUCUUUAAAAUGUUGUUCUUCGUCCACUUAUUGCAAGGAACCUAUAUAAUAUACAAAAUCGAUUUGUCGCUAUUUUCUUUUCUUGUUACAAACUUCGUUAAAAUGAGAAAUCACAAAAAUGUAAUUAAAACCGCCCAUUUGGUGAUUAAUUAUUUUACUUUAACUUGCCUGCAAACUUUACGCAAUAAUGUUACCGUAAUAUCUAAAGAAAUUAUUAAAUUAACAAUAAAUUACCAGUUUCCCCAAGCCUAAACGGGUAUUGGCGAGUACUCAUUUCCAUAGGCGGUCCUAAUCCAGCUGUGGGUAACUCCACAUUCCUGUGUUGUGAAUCAGCCUCUCCAUAAGAACAACAAAAUGACAACUUCCCAUCAAAUGUUGUUCACCUUAACGGUUUUUAUUUUAUUGGCCCCAAGAGGGAUGAUGGGCUGUGUCUACCGCGGCGAGAAUUUUAGCUCACAAUCUCGCACGCGAGCGCGCUACCUUUCUACCAGCUGCACUCUAUCCCGCUCAAUAAUAACCAAAUAAUUGAACGAAUUUUCACCAGCCACCACUGCCCAGUGUGGUGAAAUAUAGUCAAACAAGGCUCAAGGUGGACGUGGAAGUAACUUAACAAAAGGAAUGUCAAAUAUUCGAUGAUUUUAAGAGUUAAUUGAAUACUAUGUUAAUCAGUGCCAGUGCAUUAUAGGCAAUAGCAUUUUACCAUGGUUGUAGUGUUCAGAGUGAACAGGUAGUUUUCUAUUUGUGUGCUUGAGGCCAUGAUACACUUGUGCAUGUAUAGAACAGCUGUCAGCAAACAGUCAUCACAUUAUUGCCAAAACGAUUUUUCCAUUGGCUAAACUGCACUCCUGUCUCUCUACGCCACUGCUCUUUUACGUUUUUCGAUAGUUGCUCAUACUUAAUGUGUUUUCCCGCGACCGUUGUUACAGCAACGAUUGCCCAAAAAUUGCGUCGCAGUCAUGGACAGGGCUGGAUUAACAGGGGGGGCUGCACAGCCCAGGCCUCGGAUUUUGAGGCACUCCAAGCAAUGUAAAGGGCUUAAUAAAUGUUGAAACACAAUCCUGCAACACUACAAUAAUUCACAUUUUGGUAAUCUGGUAACGAAAGCCAAAGCGUCACUGUUCACAUUAACACCAGUUAUGUACAGAAAUUGAAUUUUUUUAACGUAGAUUUCGUUUUUACAAUUGUAUAUCACAUUAUACACAUAUAUAUAGUCCUGAGAUAACCAAGGAAAAUAGCAAUGGAGUGUUUGGCAUUGGGCAUGAGUGGUCGCCAAAGAGCAAACGAGGAACUUCAAAUACAAAUAGGGAACGCAACACUACAACAGCCUCGUACUCAAACCCAUUCUGUGUGUACGCACAAAAAAAUAAACAUGUUUUGUGUCAUCAGCCUAUUGGCUUUUUCCAGCCAAAUAUUAUCAAGCAGCCUUUGUUUAAACGUGCAAAUUAUGGACUGGUUUUGACCUUCUGGGUCUCAUCAGCAGAGUGAGACGUGCUCAACAAAUGCUGCCAUAGUCGCCCACCAAACUUUAUCGAGCCCUGAACAUGAGAUUUCCCACUGAAAUAAGCAUUCCUCUUCUCCAGUUCACAGCCCUCAGAGCCAGUGGCGGAAAUGCAAUGUUCACGUGGUUGGGGGCGAGUCUCUAAUACAGUCACUGUUGGCUUCCCCAAAAAGUAGUUAUAAUUUUAUCGACCGUGCACGGAUGCUGAACUGAGUCAAUCCUAUUGCGAAACACUUGCUGUACCGCGAGUCGCUCAUUCGGUGUUUGUGUGUGUUGGGGAGGACUAGGCCCGACUCGCUGAGCCGGCACCGCAAUGAUGGCUUGCGGUGCGAGCCGAGGCCACGGAAUGGGAGGAGGAGGAGGAGAAGGAGGGUGGCAGGGCAUGGGGCUGAUGGCGGUGCCGUUCCCUGAGCACGCACGCGACGUGCUGGCCUCACUGGACGAGCUCCGUCGGGCCGGCUGGCUCUGCGACACGCAGGUGAACGUAUCGGGGCAGCUCUUCCCGGCUCACCGUGCCGUCCUGGCCGCGAGCAGUGGCUACUUCCGCAAGCUCUUUGAGAACGAGGAUCGUCACGGGGUGGUGCGGCUGGAUUUCGUGGAGGCCGAGGCUUUCUCGCGCCUGCUUGAGUUUGCGUACACGGCCACGCUGACGGUCGACCCCGCGCGCAUAACGAGCCUCCUCGAGGCGACGCACCUCCUGGAGUUUGGCCAGGUGGCCAGCGUCUGCUCGGACCUCCUGAACGCCUCCGCGGAGCCCGGCAGUGGCGCGGGCGACGUCGCGGUGCCGAGGCGGGAAGACGGCGAGGAGUGGCUCUCGAGCCACGCGGCGGAGCGCGCGGGGAAACCCGCGCUCCGGGACGAUCGUCCUCUCGAAGCGCGGGCAGGGCCACCGCCGUCGACGGGGCCGCACGCACGGGAAUCCGAGGCAACGGUUCAGAAGGACUGCGUCCGCGGGACCUUGCUGAGCCAGCAAAGGACAAAGAAGUCGAGAGGGAAAACAAAACUCGCGGCAGGCGGCGCCGACGCAUCGAUGGAUGGUGGCGUUUGUGACAACGGCGAGGAUUUGGCCUUAGACCUGAGCUCACGGCCGGAGGAUAAGAAGAAGCCGGCACGCAAGCCGAGACCGGGGCUCAUCCCGUCAUCGCAGGACCUCCUGAGUCCGGCGAUUCUGCUUCAGAAGAGUGGGGAUGUAAUGGAUGACGCUGCUGGGGCGGUCCUGGAAACUGGACUGCAGAUGAGCUGGGGGUACGGGCCCGAGGAGCCCUACGAUGCUCCGAGGGCCCCCAAAGUCUGUCAACCGUGCCCCAUCUGUAACAAGAUGAUCAGAGGUGCUGGGAAGUUGCCGCGUCACAUUCGCACCCACACGGGAGAGCGUCCCUACCCGUGCCAUCUCUGCGGAGUGCGCUUCACCAGGCAAGACAAACUCAAGCUGCACCUGCAGAAACACGAGCGGCUCGGCAGCUGUCGCGCGGGCCGCAUGAAGCCCACGCACUACGGGACUCUGUAGUCAUCGUCUUGCCGCUGCUUCUUCCUCUUCUUCUUCUUCUCGGUCUUUUGUUAAAGUCACCGCUUUCGGUGGUUGGGUAGGAGAGGAGACAUUUAUUGACAGUAGACCGAGCGGCAGCAAUGGGAAUGAUGCACUGCUGCGAAUGCAAUGCGACCGUGAAAUGUCUGCAGGGUUUGUGACCUCGACCGCUACCUGGUGUCAAGUAUUACAAAUCAAUUUGCUGUUAUAAUGACCACAGCUAUGAAAUGUUUGUUUCUGUAUCAUAUGUAGAUGUGGAGGUGAUUUACAGUCGUUGACUUUUGGUUGCAUUAAUAGAUUGCCUGUUUAAAUAUUUUUUUCAAGCUCUAUACCAAAGCACUAUUUAUAUGUAUAAAAAAAUGCAAUUAUCCUAUGGAACACAACGCAUUUUCUUUGUGAUGCUUUUAAGGGAGUGAAUAAUUUAUGAUAGCUCUGGCUGUGAACACUGUAUUUGCCUAUAUUGUUUUACAAGUAUUUCACUGAGCGACACAGGAAUUAUAACAAUAAUACAAUAAUAAUACAAUAAUAAUACACAGCC